CGGCUGUUCCUUGCUCACUGGCUUUAUGUUGGCGGUACAGGAGGCGGUUUUGUACCAUAAGUCGAACAUUGGAUGAGGGCAGCAGCAUCUGCUUCAUUUGUGGACCAAUCAGACGUGAUUGCAUGAGUCGUUUGGGCCGGAGCGGCAGCUGAAGACGUCCUCGGUUAGGAUUGUGGAGACUGGCAUCUAUUUUAAUGAAGGCGCUCUGACAUCUGAUGUCUGUGUCAAUGAGGAAGACUGGCCUCCAUCUUCAUACCACCAGGUGGAGCCCCUGAAGAAACCCACCCGCGCAUGUUUAGAGGCAGAGCCAAGCAUCGACUUUUCAGAUGGACACCAGGAGACCACCAGCAUUCGUUUUCAAAAAACACAAGAUAGACUGUAGUCACGAUUGACACAACACAGUUUUACCUCCCGCCGUCCGCUCCUGAUCCAAUCAGAGAAAACCCUGUCUGCUUUCUACCUCCCAGAGAACUAGAAAAGGAAAAACACAGCAAUUUAUUAUCCGUUAUCAGUUCCUCUUUUUCUUCUCUUCGUGCAACAUUUCUCCAUUUACCUCAGGGAUUUUCUCCCACUGCCUACCUCCUCCACCAAAUCAGCCAACCCAGUGACGGGAACACAGAGCAAAGACACACCUGUGACCUCUCACUGCCGUUACCGUGACAACCUGUAUUGCCUCUCAAGCUCUCCUCACUGCAACCGUGACGACCAGCAAUGACCUUGGACCUCUUACCACCUGCCAGCGCAGACCUGCUCACUGCCUAAAUUGUACUGAUCCAAGCUUGGAGCCCGGACCUCGGGCCAGUUAUUACUGGAAGGAAAAGGAUCAUAUUGCCAGACAGGCAGGUACACACUCACAAUAGCUUCACCCUUCUAUACAAUAUACCUGGCAGGCAACUAUAUACCUCAGCAGACACUCAGUCAGCAGAAGGGAACUUUUCAGCAACAGCAUUCACUAUCCUGGUGCUUCAAUCCACCCAGCAGGUAACACGUGCUCACUAGCCUGGUGCUUCAGUCUACCCAGUAGACAACUCACUUCAGCAUCUUCCAUUUGCCUUAGAGGCGGGUGUAUAGCAACAGUGGCCAGGGAGGCCUCCAGCGAAGCAGGGAGAGAGACUCAGGAGUAUUGCCUGGCAGACAGCUUCACUUCAUUCGCUCCUCAGAAAAGUCACAUCAGACACUAGCUUCGCGAUCCGAGGGGUAGCAUAAAUCAGCAAUUGCCCAAGAGGCGUUCGGAGAUCACAGAAUAGACUGAGACGUUCCUCCCGCCUCGAGCUUCCACCCAGCGAAGCCUCCAGAGAAGCAGAGCUGCCCACGGAGCAGGAGAAGUUGUCGGGAACCUCAUCAGCCUUUCUAACUCUGGAGGCAAGCCACAAAGAAUAAAGAACUUCCUGGCAGAUUCAAGUCCACAGAAGAUCCACACAGUGUGACAGCGAAGAGAAAAGGAGGGAAAAAAGCAUUACGAGCAAAGAGAAGAAUGCAGCGCUUUCUUUUGCUUCCACUGAUGUCCCGCCCACCAUGCUCCUCCCAGCCAAUCGCUGCCCAGAUUCUCAGAUGGCUGUCUGUUGAAGGUGCCGUCGGCGAAUGCUGAGCAGGCUGGCAAGGUCGAGGUCCGCCUCAUUGUCCUGUGAUUGGCUGCUGGACGGGACUGAGACUGCAUGGAGCCAAUGUCCAACAAGCAGGAUAGCAACUCAUCAGAGGGAGAUGAGAAAGGGUGGCCAGAUGUGCCGAAGAGAAAGAGCAAGAACAGCCAGUGUUCGGUGAAGAGUAUGUCUGCUCUUAGUGUUUCUGUUCCAGGGUACAUCCCCAGCUACCUGGAGAAGGAUGAGCCAUGCGUGGUGUGUGGGGACAAGGCGACUGGCUACCACUACCGCUGCAUCACCUGCGAGGGUUGCAAGGGUUUCUUCCGCAGGACCAUCCAGAAGAACCUCCAUCCAGCUUACUCCUGUAAAUAUGAAGGCUGCUGCAUCAUCGACAAGAUCACCCGCAACCAGUGCCAGCUGUGCCGCUUCAAGAAGUGCAUCUCUGUGGGCAUGGCCAUGGACUUGGUGUUGGACGAGUCGAAGCGCGUGGCCAAGCGGCGCCUGAUCGAGGAGAAUCGACAGAGGAGGAAGAGGGAGGAGAUGGUCCGGACGCUGCAGGUGAGGCCGGAGCCAAACACCGCCGAGUGGGAGCUGAUAAGGAUGGCGACAGAAGCCCACCGGCACACCAACGCCCAGGGCUCCAGCUGGAAACAGAAGCGCAAGUUCCUGUCGGAUGAUAUCGGCCAGGGUCCGAUGGUGCCCACCUCUGAUGGAGAUAAGGUGGACCUGGAAGCCUUCAGCGAGUUCACCAAGAUCAUGACCCCCGCCAUCACACGAGUCGUCGACUUUGCCAAGAAACUGCCCAUGUUCUCAGAGCUGCCUUGUGAAGACCAGAUCAUCUUGCUGAAGGGCUGCUGCAUGGAGAUCAUGUCGCUGCGCGCCGCCGUACGCUACGAUCCGGACAGCGAGACGCUGACGCUAAGCGGCGAGAUGGCCGUGAAACGCGAGCAGCUGAAGAACGGCGGGUUGGGAGUGGUGUCGGACGCCAUCUUUGACUUGGGCAAGAGCCUGGCUCAGUUUAACCUGGACGACUCGGAGGUGGCUCUGAUGCAGGCCGUGCUGCUCAUGAGCUCAGACCGCUCAGGGCUGACCAGUGUGGAGAAGAUCGAGCAGUGCCAAGAGGCCUACCUGCUGGCAUUCGAGCACUACAUCAACUACCGCAAGCACAACAUUCCCCACUUCUGGCCCAAGCUGCUGAUGAAGGUGACGGACCUGCGCAUGAUCGGCGCUUGCCACGCCAGCCGCUUCCUCCAUAUGAAGGUGGAGUGUCCCAACGAACUCUUCCCCCCGCUCUUCCUGGAGGUCUUCGAGGACCAGGAAGUGUGACUUGUAGAGCGCCGAGUCCCCCUAAAAGAACCCUGGACACAGAAGGAAGUAAAUGGGGUGGCUUUGGCAGAAGAGGAAAUGUGGGGGAAGGACAAGAGGAGAGGAAAAACUAGAUUUCUUUUUCUUUAACGGGAACCUACCCUGUAAACGUUUGUUUUUUGUCAAACACCCACAAGAUCCCACUAAUCUGCCACCAGCAAACACACGUCGACAUCACCAGAGAGAAACACACUGACAAUCUGGACACAGUUACAAACAGUUACAGAUAUUCACAGAUGGAAAUUUCAAACACACUGCCAUGAACUACAGUAGAUCUAUAUGCAAAUCUCAGCAAUUAACUCCUCUUGCACCAGUAUGGACAAACAGCUGUACACUGUUCCUACACUAAUGCAAACCCACACCAGUUCAUCUCACACCUCAAAAACUUUUUCUUUUUUUAACCUCUGGGACCUGUCUCAUACAGACAACCCCCCCUCCUCAGCAAACCCCCCACCCCCACCGCACGCCCACCUCCAGUACAUGUCCUUAAGUGCAGUGGCAUCCUCCGUCUGCGGGUGCAGCCCUCCCCUCACUCCGCCGAGGCCCUGUGAGUGUUUGUCGACCUACCUCCCUCACGUACUGACCUCUCUAUCUCUCUGUCUCACGUACAUACAGAGACACACACACACAUUAUGUACAUGCACAAAACACACCCCCACACUCUUACCUCAUACCUUGUAAAAACGUAUUUCCUCAUUAAUUGUGUGGGUGGUGGUAGUUUAUUGAGAAGACAUGGAGCCAUGCAGUCCUCAGCCGCCCAUGUACCUCUGUGCUAGUGUUAGGAGAAGUCACAGUGGGAACACUUUGUAUGAAGCCCUUAUCUAUAACGUAUUAUUUAUGCAUUAUGCAUUAUAAUAGUUGCUGUGUGCAUUAUUACAUCUCAUAACUGCAGCCAUAAAACAUUAUAGGUAUGGUUAUAAUGCUUUCAUAGUUAUGAGAUGUUAAGAACAUUAUGGUGCUUUCUGUGAUUAUGCUGAUUAUUAUGGCAGUCCUAGUCUGCUUCAAGAAAGGUUAUAUAGAUAUUUACGAGGUUUUGGGGCUUGUAUUGUUUGCCUCAAGUUCAGGCAGUAGUUAAGCAAUUUGGGAAGUAAACUUAUUUGCUUUCUUGCAGAGUUAGAUCAGAAGAUUGGCGCCACUGUCUAAAAUAUGGAGCUACAGCCAGCAGCCGUUUAUCUUAGUAUAACAGAAAGAUUGCAGUUAUCCAGUUAGCCUGGCUCCGGCCAGAGUGUGCAUGCUGUAUGUUGUGGAGGGUUUGUGCCGGACUAUUUCUUGGCCAGGGUUUUGCUACCUUUGGACAAAACCAGGCCAGCUGUUUCUUGCCAUUUUACCAGAUAAGCAUAUUUCCUAAAAUAACAAACACAGGUUCAGAGUAAUAUAUUUCAAAAACAGAUUAAUUGCCAUUAAAUUACCCCAGAGGAUGAAUUGUGUAAUGUCUUUUCAUCAGGUCAAAAUUUCUCUGUAAUAUUUCAGUUUAUGACCAAAUACCUUCACGACUAAUGACAUAUCCAUCAGCCUCAGCCGUACUUUGUUUUUAGUGCUAAUUAGCAAAUGUUCACAUGCUGUUACGCUGAACUAAGAUGGUGAGUAAACAUCACUUGUUAAAGUUAAAGCAGCUAUAAUCCAUGUUUUUCUGUUAACAACAGAUCACAUGACCUCUUGUUUGACGACUUGGAAAAUGUGUCGCCCGUCGUUAUGAGCCUGCAGAGGAUUACCACCUCUGCAGCUCCCCUCAGCAGAGUGAACAAAGUGAAUGUUGGAAAGACGUCCACCAGGCGGACAGAGAGGUGUCUCCAGAUGAAAGCUAACACUGCUAAGCAACAGCAUGCUAACAGGGCAGCCAGUGCUGUGUUCACUCUUUGAUUCUGCUGCCCCCAAGUGGGCAAAUAAAAAUCAGUUAUGUUUAAUAUUGUUAGACAUUGCAUAAGGCCAUUCCUCAUUCAGUAUGUUUACAGAAAGCACUGUUUUAUUCCUAACACCUUUUAGCUUCUUUCUGUUUUGUGUUGUAAUGAUCCAUUAUGGUUAGCCGUUAUUUUCAAAAUAAAGUGUAUUAUAGCUACAGGCUGCUUAGAAAGUGUUUCCACUACUUUUAAAGUACAUUGUCGCUGUACUUUAAAAAAGAGUUGUUAGGUUACAACCUUACUUCAUUCAAGGAAAACGCAGUUUAACAUCACAAUACAUGUAGGUGCAAUAUGACUUGAAAGAAUGCAUCAUUUUACUCAUUAACUCUAACAAGUAAUCUAGAUUAUUCACAUACAGUAUAUGAGUGUGAGUGUAUGUAUGUAUGUAUUGCUAGAAUACCUCUCCGACAUAUACCUCCUGUUUUCAUUACCUCACAUACACAUGCAUAUUACACAAAUCCAUCCAGUUGUUUUUUUUUGAUGUAUUACCUCAGUUGUUCUGUUGCUCAUCCCUUCUUUCCCCUCAAUAACCACUGGGCUGCACCACACUUCCUGUCUCCGUGCGUGUAUGAGAGUGUGUCUUCUCAUCGGAGCCCUGCCCUGCCAAUCACACCGUAGCCCCGCCUCCUCACCUCCCCGCUGUCUUGUGAUAGGUUCAGCGCUGGCAGAUGGUGGUGGUGGUGGGAGGGGAUGUUGUCACUUACUGUACCUCUGCAGGCCUCCGCUGUCACCUGAACCUGUUUCAAGUCCAGCCUGAAACCGACAGAUUCUACCUCACCUCUCAUGACAGUGCAGCUGCCCCUCCGUCUGCAACACACUGACAUGCAUGCGCACAUAUAUAAAUAUAAACAUAUAUAUAUAUGUACACACGGUGCACAUAUGAGUUGCCAGCAUGGACCCUGGAGUGUGCUGCUCCACCAACAGUGUACAGCAGGUCUUUCAGACCAUGGAUCAACAUUUGACAGCUGACAUGGCAAAGUUGGUCAUUUUCUCCUUUUUUCAUUUUUAUCACACACCACGUGGGACCAACAGGCACUUUCUGUUUUUAUUUAGAAACCUGAAAUCACAGCGAGGGCAGAGGUGGAUUUGUGACAUUACAGCGUGCCGAUUGAACUCAAAGGAAACUGUCAGAGGACAGCUGGAAGCUGGGACUCCAGUGGAAGCCAUUUUGACCCGAUUGGGUCAGAUCAGGACUAUUGUGGGUGGCGACUGGGAGGUGAAUGAACAGCAAACGAGUCAGCAGUAUUCGCCUGUGGAUAUGUUUUCAUCCCGGCCGAGGGGAGGGACGCAGCGAGUGCGGGACUGUGCAGGUGGCGAUGUGGCUCAGGCCAAGCCAAUAGCAGACUGCCGCAUAACGAUGGACCCUUGUUCUCUCACCUACACUACAUCUCCUGAUCCUUUCCUCGCCGCCGCAGCCGCCGCAGAAAUGGACACCAAGCCAUUUAAAAGACUUUCUGAGCGACAGUCCUAUCCCAGAAACUUACAAUAUAAAUGAAACACUGCUGAAUUAAGCUCCACCAACCAUAUCCCAAAUUGCCAUCCACUACAAAUAACUAUCAGGUUUUUUUCUGUUGCACUAAAACCACAAUGUCUGUAUCCUUUAGUAGCCCUGAACCCCAUCCUUUAACCCCUCCCUCACACCUUUCCUGCUCCUGCCUGUCCUUAGCAGUCUUAACAAUAUCCUCACACACACAUACAAACACACGCAGUCCAUUACUUCUUCUGUUGAUUACCUGCGGAAACCAACCAGGACUGUGACAUGGCCUUAGGGCACCGCCACUCUCAGUGUUACUAAUCUAUGUUGCAGGGUAUUCAAAUAGAACCGAACACACAGGGAUAUACACACACAUACACAGCAGCAGCAGCAACACACACACACAGCAAUAGGAUGAUCAAGCAGUACAGUUUCACACCUGCCACCUCCAGGCCUCGUGUGAUCGGACCGUACUCUGCUCACCAUCACUGUGAAUGAAAGCCAUGCUGCAUGGCUCAGACAGGGAACCGCUGGCUUAGUAAUUCUGACAUGUUAAUGUGCCUCACAGAGGUUGGUAAUACAAUAUACAUUAUACAGUCUACAGAAACAUAUAUUUCUAGAUAUACAUAUAUAGAGAUAUAGAUAUAUAUAUAAAUGUUACAGUUGUUGUCUGUGGUAUUCGAGCUAUCAGUGGCUGAAUUUGGCUGCCAGCUUAAAUCAGAUCAUGAAUCUAUCUGACCAGUCAUGUAGCAGAGGGUGUCAGAACUCAGUUUACCCAGCUAUAUUAAUAUCUGUAAAGUAAUAUUUAUGCAUUGUUUGCAGUUGACGUCAUAUUGCAUUAUGAUGCUUGUUUGCCUUGUGGUGAUCACCAACUAACCUUCACAGUUUACCCACCUUUUGCAUACCUCUGAAUCACUUCAUAUAGCACAGGAAGUACCUUAGAUCAGGUCUGGUCCACACAGCUUGGUGAAUUCAGGUUUGGAUUUGAGCUGGCAGCACAGCCAGUCUCUCUCUCUCUCGCUCUCUCUCUCUUUCUGUCUCUCUCUCAGCCAAAUGAUCAUCGGAGAAAUCCUCCCCGUCCUCUUUGAAAACCACACCAGCACCACAGAGCACACUGCCUUCAGCCAUGAUCAGUUACACCAGCAUAGCAGAGAGACAGACCAAUAGUCAGUGACCACCCUCCUCACCGAAAAGCCAUUUUACCAGGACAUCACUGCUAGCUAUGAUAAUGUUAUGUUCACAGUGCAGGCAAAUCCAGUUGGUUCUUUAAAUCUAAUUGGUUAAUAGUGUCUUUUUGAAUUGACCUAACCAGAUUUGGGUUUGGACGGCAUAUUCAUCAGCUGGUUGUCAUAACGACAAGGCGGCCAGGCACGCAGUGUUUUUGCGCAUGACCAACAACUUGAGAUGCUGCAACAAACCAACGACACGGAGCGAGUGAGUCUAUCUUUCGUGGCUUCAUCACCUCCCUGCAGUGCAUCCACGAGAGCAGGAGUAUGAAAGCCUCUUCUCCUCCUCCUCCUUCAAGAUGUACAUCUGAACUCACAGUGAGAAAAGGAUUUGCUCUGCGUGUUUGAACACGGCCAGGGCGGUGGUACACGAGGCCGGUUUGCAGGCAGAGCUGAAUGGAAAUGACAUAACAGAGUCAGGAGCGCGUUUCCUUGUGAUGGUGCAGCGCUGUUUGCCUGCACACCCUGUGUUACUCUCCACGUUUCCAGCCAGGCUGCAAAAUAUAACCGAAAAGUCUCAGUCUUUUCUGCACCGUGACCACAGAAUUGUGUCUUCUCUCUCUCUCUCUCUCUGUCUCUCUCUUAGAUUAAAGUUAGGCUUAAGUUUUAUGUUCGUUUACAGUGAACUAAAAUGUGAACUUCAUGUAAAAGCUCUGUCACUGCAGCAUGGCACGAAACCAUAGCAACCACUCAGAAGCAGUUCAACUCAUGCAAGCUGUUUUCCACAAAUAAACUACUUCUACUGCUUUUAUUACUUACCCAGGGAAACAUAUGUAAGUCAGUAACACUCUCUCUCUCUCUCUUCCUAACAUCUCUUUUCCCACCCUCCCAUCUCCAUUCCCCCAACAUUACCAUUCUAGUUUCCCCCCGACUUUACAUCCUCACCCCUGUCCCCUUUCUCUGUUUAUUUCACUCUGUCCUCUUUCCCUCCCACACACAGAAACACACACACACACAACACACACACACACAUUCACAGAAACCUACCCCAACUCAUACGAGCACUCUUUGGUGGAGAAAGACGACAAUCCCUGCAGGAAUAUGUCCACAUGUGGAAUGUAAAAUACUGAAAUUGUACGAUUAAAGACACGGUGUGAAGUCCCACACUGAUGUUGUUUUUGAUGUUGUUGAUGUUGCUUUCGUUGUGCACCAAGUGUUUGUUGUUACGCUUAUUCUAGGCUGGAUGAGUUUGCAGGCGGGGUUAAAACCUUGAUCGUGUGACAGACUGCUACUGACAAGUCGUUUUUCUAAAAUAUAGUAUGUUUAUUAAAGACUUGUGGUGUUGGGACUGAAAACCCUGAGUGAUGUAAAGCAAGAGAUGAAGUGACUUUAUUUUGGAUAGAGGAAAAAAAAAGCUGUUUUUUUAUGAUUAUUCUUUUAUGUCGUUAUUACUUUGCAUCUGAUUUUCUUGGUAAGUGAAUGUCUGUCUGUCUGUCUGUGUUGAUGCUUUACUGUGAGAAAAUGGCUGUAUAUGCACUUUCAGACCAUCGUUGGUGCAGCGGUAGCUAGUGCUUAAACGUCACCCAAGGGCCAGGGUUCAAAUCACCUUCAGUUUAGCUGAUUGAAAAAUACACUGAAAACCUCCUGCUAUUCAGUUUCUACGAUGCGGAGGCAGAUGUUGCAUUUAAACGUUUAAGUUGCCUUAUUCUGGUGUUACAGCCUGCAAUGAAAUGUGUCACACGUUCAGAAUAACACUAAGAAACACGCCCAUUGGUCACAUUACCUGAUGGGAGUUUGGGCCAGAGCUAGCUCUGCAGUGUGCAUGCUGGCACUUUACAGCCUACACUAUGUAGGUCACAUGCGUUACGCAAAAUAUAUCCUUUGAGUACCACACACUUGGCAUUUAUGCUAUAGAUUUUUUUUUUUUUAGAAAUGAUUUGAAGCUGAUUCUCAAGUUUUGAUGUGUGCAGUCGGGUUUUCUCGCCUUUCUUGUCAGUUACCACCGCCGCUGCCUGUGAUAGGCUGACACACUGGAAACAUGGCCUGAUAUAUACAUCCCUCUCAGCCUUAAAGUCCUCUUAAUGGAGCAAUGGUUGUCACAUUUUUUCUAAUUAAGAAGAAUCUAGGUCCUGCUCCAUUGGACUAGUAAGGAUUUCUCCAACAGACAUUUCUUCUUUCUUCUCAUUGGUUGCUUGUAGAAGGUGUUUUAGGCCUAAAAGAUAAUUGGUUGCUCCCUGUCGAUGGACAGCUAGCCACAGGGCUUCUUCAGUUUCUCAUAUUCACACUCUUCGGGUAAUGCUAGUCAGCUAUCUGACAGGUCGCCAUACUGUCUUAGCAUGCACUGCUCAGCUCCAGCACCUGUCUGAUGACUGCUCCCACUCUCAUGCUGGGUAAGGUGGACCACUGGGCCUCAAAAAAGUCCUAAAGAAGGAUGUUUAUUUCCUCUAAAGAAAGUCUAGCUCACAUCACAGAACAACACAUCUGAAGUACAGUUUCACUUCAUACUUGUACAAUUAACAUGUUUUGGGUUUUUUUUUUUAGGGGCUGCAUGAAAAUUCUUGGUGUGGCGACAGGGGUUGAAUGUUAAGUUUAUUUCUUGUUUAAGCCACUUAUCUUGAGCACAGUGUCACUAAAUACUUGUACAAUUAAUACUUUGUUUUUCUAAGGGACUGUAGGAAACUUACUGGUGUGGGGAGGGGAGCUUUUUGAAAAAGCUGGACCCUUGGUCGUUAAUAACGAAGAGGCGUAGCAUAUAGAAUUUUACCUUGCAUUAUCAAUCUGGGGUGAGGAAAGUUUGCAAGAACCCUUCCCUGCUCUUCCAAAACAGUAAGGCUCCCUUCAGCAAAAAGACAAAUUAGAUACCCCCCCCCCCUGCUAAUUUUCAUACAGUCCCUUGUGGCUCUCCAGUUAGUUGAACUCAAAGUGAAUGAACCUGAAUCCUGCUUUCCACAGUUGCUUGGGCUGUAUCACUCGCUAAGCUGGGCAUUUGCUCCUGUUCCUGAUCUGGGUCGAUAAAAAAACACAAAAAAAAAAACAACACCCACAUCCU